AUGCAGGACGGCGACCACACAGACGAGGCCCAGCAGCUCGAGGUCCGCUUCGACCCGCCAGCGCAUCUGCAGCGACGGGCAGCAGUCUAUGCGCAUCUCAAGCAGCAUGCACCGCGGACUCUGCUGGACAUUGGCUGCGGCGAGGGUGCUCUUCUUGCACACUUGAUCAAGGGCGACGAUCAAGUGCCGCUUGAAGUGCUGCACGGCUUCGACGUCGAUGCUGAAGUACUGGCUUCUAUACGCCUGAGUACAGACGACGAGGACCUGCGCUGGAGAAGACUCGAAGCAAAUAUAUUUCUUGGCGGUGUCCAGGACAUAGGGCGACCCCUGCUUCAGUCGUAUGAUGCGGUUGCUGCUAUUGAAGUCCUUGAGCAUCUUGACCCACCAGAUAUCGCUGCCCUCGGCCAAGUCCUGUACAAGCUGGCACCGCGUGUAUUCUACGUCACGACACCCAAUCGCGACUUCAAUCAAGUCUUUGAGAGGAUAUGCAGCCCGGCACAAUUUCAUCGUCCAUGCAUCCCAUAUGCGAUGCGUCACGACGACCACCGCUUCGAGCUCUCGCGGCAAGAGUUUUGUGCAUGGGCGCACAGCAUUAUUGAAGGCUUGCCCUACAAGGUCUCUUUCCAAGGGAUAGGCAGCGUUGGCAGUGCCUUUGCUGGACAAGACUGGUUGCCUUUAUUCCCUGAGGACACGGCCGACAUCUUUGGAUGCAGUACGCAGAUGGCAGUCUUUGAGCGAACUGAACACUUCGACGCUGUACCAAUUGCGUCCGCCUCUAUGAAGCUAGUCCAGACAAUCGUUUUCCCAUUCAGCACGGAGGAUGGAUAUCCGCCGACCGAGACGGCCAUAAAAGAGCUGGUUGCCUAUACUGCACUCUAUUUCCGGCCAUUGUAUGAAAACACUUAUGCAGCUGCUGCAGAGGAGGUUGUCACUGUGUCACUGCUGCAUCUUUAUGAGGUGAGCUAUGCACUCCAGCGCAUCUGUCGCUUUACUCUGCACGUCUUUCAGACAGCAAUGAGCAAACUGGCUGGUCAGACGUGGGCCGGUGAAGACAAACUGCUUCUGCAGGUACAGGUCGACUCGGAGAAUGUCUGCUACACCUAUAAUACGCAGGCCUGCAUGCAGCCGGUCAUGGAAGACCCAGGGGAAGAGGAUGGAGCAGCUCGGUGGAUGCAGGACGGCGCCAAAUUUGAUCAAAACUUGAACGACCGCGACGACGAGUGGGAGACAUAG